AUGGCAUCCUUCACAUCUAUCCCACCAGAACUCCAUUCCUACAUCUUUCAAUUUGGAUGUACGGAUGAUGGGAGGACGAUACGCGCUCUCAGCCUCUUGUCGAGGUACUUCUACGCAAUCGCUAGAUCUUUCUUAUAUCAUACCCUCGCCAUAUCGUCAUCAUCCGACCACCUCCCCCUCCUCUUGACCAAACUCCAGUCAACGCCACCCCAUUUGAGGAGAAUCACGCAUUUAUUCUUAUCCGACGUACCCUCCUCCUCCUCCACACCCAAAAAACUAUCAGAACCCUCCGUAUCAAAAAACAUCUUCGACCUCCUAACACUCGCCUCCCCCUCCCUCCGCACCCUCUCCUUCAUAGCGCACGCACCACACACAAGCACCCACCUCAUCGCUCGGCUUUUUCGGAUAUCAUUCCCCUUACUAGGGGAGCUGAGUGUAUCAGGGUAUUAUCCCUUUCCUUCGCCGCCUCCCGCCUUCGAUGACGCAAAACCAACCAUGCCGUCACUCAAAAAACUCCACCUCCACGGAAACAGAAACCCACACGGUCUCCUCCAAUCACAGGCUCUAGAAGGGGCAUGUCCCGCUCUGGAAGAGUUGAGGGUAUCGGGGUUGGCCAUGGCUUCGUCGUUCGUUAUCGAGUUGGAGGAUGCGCUACUAUCCUCCUCCUCCUCCUCCUCUGAGGGCAGCGAUAAUGACGACGCGUUGUUCCCGGCGUCUUUACCACCCACCAUCAAAUUGGUGAUCGUGCAAGCGGGUGUGCGGCCACCUGUGGGUGCCAAAUCUUCGAUGGUGGUGUUGAAGGACGACGCAAUGAUGAGGCAGCUUGAGAGGAUUCGUGCGAUUGCGCGGGAUAGGGAGGAGGAGGGAAUGAGGGUCGUUGUCCUUGAUAGGCCUGAGGAGGGGAUGGACGUGAUGAGUCCCGCGGAGAUGAAAAAGGUGUGGUUGAAUGGGGUUGCUGGUCGUCGUGAUGGGUGGUGGUCGUAG